CUACAUUAUUAUUAUUAUGACAAUUGCAAAGUACAAUAUUGUAAAACUAUGAUUUUGAGAAACAUUGUUGACAAAGAUGCCCUUAGUAUAUAUGUGCUCCAUGUGAGUCACAUUAUGGGGACAAUAUUUGGUUCAUCAUGAAGAGGGUGUUGUGCUGCUGUGAUUUGAUUGUCUACCCAGUCACCCUGAAUGUAAAAAAUGUAGUGUUUAUGAUUGCAUUUAUGUUUUGAUGUUGCAUAAAGGAAAACAUUCUGGAUUAUUGUUUCGUCUUACACCAAAAAAUAUCUUUGUCCUAUAUAAUUACAGGUGAUAAUGUUGUCGAACUAGAUGAUUAAAUGUUUUGAUAUGAUUCUAAAUCUCUUCCUUAGAAGCUACCUGAAUUCUGAGUCUUCGCUGUGAAGCUGGACAUAAAUUUUAUCCUUAUGAACAGCAGCAUGUACUGGCUUGGGUGCAUAAUUCAGUUGAAUAUAGGCAAUGUGGCAGAACGAUGUUGGCGUGGUUUCUUAAUUAAUGUCUGCGUGAUUCAGUUGCCAUAUAUGUCUCUGAACCUCAUUGCUUAAUCAGUUAAUCCUGUGUUAAUAUCUGGCAUAGCAACACUUGUCCUACUAUUGGAUUUACGCGUCUCUUGUCGUUUCAUAAAAAAAAGGGGCCAGUCCCAUCUGCCGUCCAUGCAUCUCUUGGCUCUGGAAUCAUCUGCUGAUUUAAUAUCCUUGUUCCAUCUGUAAUCAGGUGGAAUAAAAUUCAUCGGUCGUGGGUCAUUAAUGUCCGGAUGAUCCUUUCAAGGCAGCAACUAACCGAAGGACAGCUUGCUAGGUUUUUAUACAUAUGGAUUACUUAAUGGCUUGAUCUUGUCUGAUUAGGUAGCCUCUGCAUUUAUCCUGUUUUAUGUUGUUCUGAAGCGUUUCAAUCUUGCACAAGGGCUCGACUUCUGUUGAAAAGCUUCAGCCCUGCUGUAGCCUGUAGGUAUGUUGCAUGCACAUCAUGAAUAUUUCUCUCAAGUGAGAAACCACCAGAAAGAUUGCUCUGAGAUUGCCACUUUUUAAUGAACUCCCAGCACUUGUCCUCCAUGAUCACCUACAAUUCUAUAUUUCUUAUAUAGUCCAGCUCCUACAAUUAUGCUGAUCUUUCAAACUAACAUCUCCUUCCUCAUCUUCGGACUCUAUAGUCUCCUGACACAACUUCAAUUUGCUAUUUAUUUAUAUCCGACUUUCAUCAACUAUCACUACAUCGUCUGUAAAAAGCAUAUACCAAGAGGUAUCCUUUUUAUGUCCAUUGUGACCUCAUCUAUCACCAAGAAACAUUCAUAAUCGACUAUUAUGUAGUCCAAUUCAUGUUCGGAAGUCGUUCACCUCGUCACUUGUUCGAACACAAGUCACAACAUUUUUGUACAUGUUCUUAACAAGCCUAACGUACUUCAUUGCAACUCUUUAUAUUUGUUCAAAGCCCAAUACAUAGCACUUUUUGUAUCUUAUUAUAAGCUUUCUUCGGGUUGAUGAAAAUCAUAUUUAGGUUUUUUCUCCGUAAUGUAGUGCUUCACUUGUCAUAUUAAGAAAAUGGGAAAAUGGCUUUCAUAGUUAACUUUUUAGACAUGAAACUAAAUUAAUUUAUAGAGAUCCUCGUUAUUUCUCUAAGACGAUGAUCGACAACUCUCUCCUAUAUGCUAUCUAUUACUGCCUGGGAGAUUUGGAAUCUGAGGAAUGCUGCUAUCUUUAGAGAUUCUGCUGCAUCUUUUACGCUUUGGAGGUUUUGCUUCAAUUGAAACUCCUGAUGCAUAGAAUAAACUCGGAUCUUAGCUUGGCGAUUUCAUUGUGGCUUGCCUCUUUAUAAUUGCUUCUUUUUUUUCUGUCUCCUUUUGCUUUACACUCUUUCGUUUUUGCACAGUUCCUCUUUUUUAUUUAAUAUAUACCACUGUAGGGUUUUUCUACAGUUUUAUUGGUAAAAAACAACUCUCUCCUAUAGUUUCAUAGUAGCCCAAUCAAGUUGCAUAUCAUGUUUAAAAAAAUGUGGAUCAUUUAAUGAUCGCCUCAAUUAUCAGUCAUCUCUUUUGUGAGAUGAAGAAUUUCUAACACAUUGAUUCUCUUGGAACCUUCAGGACACAACGAGGUAGUGUUGCCUCUUAAUACCACUCAACAGGCAAAUGAUUUCAUAUGUGAUCUUUCUAGUAUCUAAACAGGAAGAUCACGAGGGAUGGGGUUGUGAUGCAUCGGACAUAAACUAUUGUCGCCUUAGUUGUCAUUCUAGUCUUAUUAAGACUAGGAUGGAACUCGACUCAAAUUUAUAUCUGAAAAUAUUCCCCAAUAGUGUGGUAUAAAAGUGCCCUUACGUGUACUGUGUUUACAGAGAUAAUACCAGGAACACUUGCCACAGAGCUUAGGAGUACUAGAGUGUAGAACUGAAGGUUCUGUCAGCAGAAUGGAAGCAAACUGUGCAUCCAUUUGGAGCGAGGAAUCUGAGACGAUUGCUCACCUGCAGUCGAUGUUCUGGAGCGGCAGCAAUGCUGAUGCCUGCCUUUCUUCUCCCAACAGCAGUGCCAGUUCUUGUGUUGAACCCAGCACGUCGCCUACUGCCUUGUUCCUUCCACUCGCUGAAAAUCAGCGCUGCGAUAAAGAGCAAUGUCAGAACACUGGUGCAGUUCGGUGCUUUGGUCACAAGAGCCAGGUUUUGGCUCCAAUCACUAAUGAAGUUACAGCAAACAAGAGGGUAUGUCUUAUGGAUGAGAAUAGGAAGAGUACGGAUGCUAAGAGACCAUGCACUGUUCCUCCCUGGGUAUCGAGGAAAAAUUCCAUUGCUCCUGCUGAUGAGAUCAAUACCACCGAGCCUGUCAACAAGAGCUGUUCCUGGUGCUGCAGCUCUGAAGAUGAUUCAGCUGGUGCAUGCGAGGAACCUAUUGUUCUGAAACAAAGUACCAGCUCAAGAGGUCCUAGCCGCUCCUCAAAGGAUUCACAGAGCCUCUACGCAAAGAGGAGAAGGGAGAGGAUCAAUGAAAAACUAAGGACGCUACAGCAGCUAAUUCCUAAUGGCACCAAAGUUGACAUGAGCACUAUGCUGGAGGAAGCAGUUCAGUACGUCAAGUUUCUGCAGCUGCAAAUAAAGCUCUUGAGCUCUGAAGAGACAUGGAUGUACGCACCUCUUGCCUAUACCCACCUCGGUCCAAAUGUUGCUGUGAACCAACCAUGACCGUCUGGAAAGUACUGUCUGAACUGAUGAGAAGGAUGGGAGCUAAAAGUGCCCGCUAUGCUGCUGCCAACGUUGCUCCAUCUGCUCUUAAAUCUGCCAUUGAAUUGACCCUGACUUCUCAUUCUUCAGUUGCUCCUAGCUUGCAAGUGUGAGCAAGAAGUUCAUUUGGAAUAAAAAUCGGACCAUGGGUUCCCUUUUGUCAUAUAAGAUAUCUACAGUUCACAAUGAUGAGAUCUUGUGGCCCCUCUCUCUACUCUUGUGCCUUGAAAUUGAAACGCUGAAGCUGAAAGCGUCGGAUUUUCUCUAGUGACCACCUCAGGGAGAACUUGUGUGAUUCCUUCUCGGCCCCCUAAAAUCUGUGAAAAAAUUGCAAACUUGUACGUCAGGGGAGAUCGAGAUUCGUUAAAAAAAUGGAUCUUUUUUUUCGUAGGGUGCAUUUAGUUUUUGGAUCAAACUAGAACCACAGUUGCUUUUUGCACGUACGACGAAGCUGCUGUGUAUCGAUAGCUCCCAUGGUCAGGACAAGUGCUAUCAGCACUACGAUGGUGGAUCAUGACUUGUGACUUGUUAAUUUGAGGGUUGAGGCAAUGCCGGUAGGCCUUGUCUAUUUUAUUUCUUCUUUUUCUUCUUUAUUUUUUUUUUCUGUUGUGUUUGUAUUUGGUCUAAUUUUAGACCCUCCUUCUUAAUUCAAUGAUACGCAGCUUUCCUGCGUGUUCGAAAAAAAAGGGUUGAGGUACACAAAAGCUGCACCAAUCAUUUGGCAUUGUGCCAUGCAUGCAUGUUUGCCACAUAGAAUUAGUCUAUGCUUGUUUACACAGGUUCCUGCUAGAACAGAUAUGUUUUCACUGAAUCUGGCAUACCAAAUUUCCUCUUGCAGGCUUAUAGCAUGCCCAGUUUUACUUUUACACAGCUAGCUCUUACAGUGUCAUGUAGGAGGCUGAUGCAGAAUAAAAAGUUUUUUGAACGAAAACGGCAGGAGCUCUGCCCAUUAUUUAAGGGGAAAGAGUUUAGAGAGUACAAACAACGGUCUGAGACCGGACAAGCCACACCCGAGCACGCUCAAAGGGAGGCUAAUCCCCACACCCUAAAUCCUCCAGGUAGGGAUGAAAGUGGUAAUCCGAACU